AUGCCGCCAUUCGAGAAGCUCAGGAAAAUGCACAGCCCUUUCCCAGGCUCCUUUCGCAGUGAAUGUAACAAAGCCGCCCAGAUUCUAGAUGCCUUUACGAACCCAUUGAACCCAGACGGCCGCGAUAGUCUCAUUCCCCCGAAGAUCCUCGGAGCUGCCAAGGCAAGUGGCAUUACAACGGGCUUUGCAAUAUUCUCUGUAUCAAAACUGGGCAUCGUUGGAUCGGUACGAAUGGGCUCGGGCAUCUUAAUCGCCCGCCUCGAGGAGGGCGACUGGUCUGCGCCUUCGGCCAUUCUGACAGCGGGAGUUGGAGUAGGGUCCCAGGUGGGCUUGGAGGUGACCAACUUUGUCUUCGUCCUCAACACAACCAGCGCUGUUCGCACAUUCGCCCAGCUGGGGAGUUUGUCCCUGGGCAAGACUGCCUCGUUUGCCAUGGGUCCAUCGGGUAGAUUUGGAGAGGUCAACGGGGUGGUCAGCGCCGGUGGAAUGGCGGGCAUUUUCGUCUACGGUCAUAAUCAGGGUUUCUUUGGUGGCUUCAGCACCGAAGGGAGCAUGAUCUUCGAACGCCGCGGCGCAAACCAGAAGCUAUACGGAAAGAAGAUCAAGGCGCGCGAUUUGAUCGAGGGCCAAUUCCCACCUCCAGAUGAGGCGGACGAGUUGAUGCGCGUGUUGCGCUCCGAUCUCUUUGCUCCUCGACCAGAAUUGUACGCGACCUCCUCAGCGUCCACCAAAGGCUCCAUCUCGUCCGGACGGCCGUCACAGUCGUCUGCAGGAACGGAAAUUCAGAAGAUGCCCAUCGAGAUGCCCGCCGAUGAGAUCGUCCAGUUACCCGCCGAACUGCCCGCUGAAUUCAUCGCCGAGCUUCCAGCAGAGGUGGUGCCGGAUAUCUACUACGACAAAUCGGUUGGCUCCUCGGAGACGCUGCUGCCCGAGUUGCCCUCAGAGACAGCCUCGCUGCGGCCUGCGAAGAGUUGAUUGCAUCAAGGAGAGGAACAGUACUUAUAACAAGGGAACAUCACUCAGAUGUUGAACUCUUGAGAGGCAACUCGCUCCCAGCACGGUCGGGGCUGCAGAAAUAACAGUGAAUAGCCUUGGCUGGCCACGAUCGGACCUCUCAUCACAGGAGCAUGCACGAUGCACACUGAAGUACUAUCCCGGAAAGGAAUCUCAACCUCGCACCUAAUGGUUGCUGUUGGAUCGUCCCAAGUAACUAGCCACAUCCUCUUAAGGCAAGCAAGAGAGGGUGAUGGCGCGCAUGGGGAGGAUUAGGGAGCAAGAAAGUGACACGCGGCGAGUAAGCUGGAACAGCGACUCCUACAGUAUUAUCCUAGCUUGAUAUAUAGCAGUGAAAGUAAUCAUAUACAGUGUGAUGGUGGGUGCGGGACAGACAAAGAGUGGUCAGUAAUCGACUCUGGUUGUGUUAAAAUCAGAAGUCGGUGAAGAUCAC